GGUUACGGUUUAUGAAACCGGUCGACUCCAUGCAACUGGUGAAUGACGUCACUGAGUUGUUCGAGGGUUUCCGGAUCAAACAUUUCCCUGGCCGCAAGAACGUCGGCAUCUUGUCUGGGGAGGAAGAAGGUGUCUUCUCUUGGAUUGCGCUCAAUUAUCUCCUGGGAAACUUCGCUAAGGACAGGCCGGACAACGAGACUGUGGGUCUGUUAGAGAUGGGCGGAGGGUCAACCCAGAUUGCCUUUAUUCCAAACACUCCAAUCUAUGAUGGGGAAUUUCAGAUCACCAUAGAUGGACGCAGUUAUGAGCUGUACGCGCACAGUUACCUCUUGUUUGGCAUUAACGCUGUCAACCAGUGGGUGGCAGAAGUUAUCAAACGAAACUAUUCAGACAGCGUGACGUAUGAUAACCCUUGCAUGCUGAAAGGUGACAGCAAAGAAAUCGAAACAUACGAAGGCGUGCCCGUACAAAUGAACGGAAGUAGCGACCCUGGAAGUUGCCAGGAGAUUCUGGAAAUCAUCCUUAAGCCAGAGACAGGAUUGAAAUGCGAGCCGAAGCCCUGCGCGAUCG